GUAGUAGCAGUAAAAAGGAAACCCCCAAAACUAAAAAAAUAAAGUAUUUUUUUUUUCACUUAAACUUGCAGGUUGUAACAUCUGACACCUCAUUUCAUCUUCAAGGAUUCAGGAACUUUUCUUUCUGAAUGAAGAAUGGAACUAUGCAAGAAUGACCAACCUGAUGACCAAUCGUCUGAUGUAGUAUAGAAAGUAAACCCCCCAAAACUACCAUAGAAAAAAAACCUGUUGCUUCAAACAGGUUUUAGGCUACUUGCUAAUUCUAUUCCAAACUCCUCGAAGGAAAAAAAAGAGUUCAAAUGUUGAUUUUUGCCCCGCCCACUUUUGCACGACGCACCUCCCAGUGUUACUCUCUGCCCGACUUUCAGACUGACUGCGUUCGAACAGUGCAACCAAAUCACAUUAGGUGACCGGUCAUCAUGAAAUCGGCGGUGUCUUUGUGUUGUCUGUUGGCCGUUUCCGUAGUCAUCACGUGGGCCUACCCGACGACCGAAGGAGAAAACCGGAAUUACCGGAUGGAUGUUAACUCCACGGUUGAGGAAGACUACGGAUGGUACGCUCCCGUCGCCAUGUUAUUCACACCGUUAUCAAAAGAAUCAGCCAAAGGCAGGUGGAAUGCCAUCCGGCCAAGGGUACCCUUCAGCUGGCAGAACGCCAAUCCGUGGCAUGGCCAUCCAGAAAGAAAUCGUCCGUCCGACUCCAACGACAGCCAACUGUCUCGAAUAAUCGAUUCGAUUAUGGAAACCGGAGCCGUUUACCUGCCCAAGAAAUCCGUCAGCAGUCUUGAAACCAACAGCCAGUUUAUGUCGACAGGUGGAAUUGCUGAACCUAGAAAUCCGCAAUUCGGCAUCAAUAUGGGUGCAUUCAACAUUAAAAAGAAACAGGCCUUCCCUUGGUCGAAUGUAGCUGGAACUCCUGGAAUACCUGGUACUGAUGGGGUAAAUGGAGUUGAUGGUAAACACGGAAAGGAUGGCAAAGAUGGAGCAGUAGGGCCUGUUGGGCCGCCAGGAACUAAAGGAGAAACGGGUUCGACUGGAAAAGACGGUUGUGAUGGACUUCCCGGGCCGCCUGGAAUGAUAGGACCUAUCGGACCACCGGGAUUGCAAGGCAUUCAAGGAUUAACCGGGCCGCUAGGAUCUGCAGGAGUACCCGGAGAAAUAGGGGAAGCGGGGAAAGACGGACGAGAUGGAUCGGACGGAAUCAACGGCAAAGAUGGGACUAACGGAGUACCUGGUCCUGCAGGACCUAUUGGAUCUAGCGGGAAAGAUGCCAAGGACGGUAAAAACGGCCAAGCGGGCAAAGGAGGUCCUCCAGGUCUGAUUGGUGUUGACGGGAAAGACGGAACAGAUGGCGUCGAUGGCAAAGAUGGAAGCGAUGGACAACAAGGAUUGGUUGGUCCCCGAGGUACUCCAGGGCAAAAUGGAAAAGAUGGGGCUUCCGGACAAUAUGGGCAGCCUGGCCAGUACGGAACAGACGGCAAAGACGGGCAAAGUGGCACUCCUGGUCCUGUUGGUCCCGCAGGAACGCCCGGAAGUGACGGCACUGGGGGUCAAGCAGGAACAGGUGGUCCUCCUGGUAUUCCUGGACUGGUUGGAAUUCCAGGUCUUCAUGGCACAGCAGGAUUGCCUGGAAUACCGGGAGAGCCGGGCGAACCAGGCCCUGCUGGGCCGGCGGGCGGAGCAGGGGCGGCUGGGGCCGCUGGAACAGCAGGUGCAGCAGGGACUGCGGGAAGUCCAGGAUCAGACGGAGCCCAAGGUGCACAAGGAGGCUAAAUUUGAUUUAAGUUAACAAUAUCUUUUUCAAUCACGUAAUUAAAUUAUUUGACAAUAACUUCCAUCUAUUAAUAAUUCAAUAACUCGUGAUGGCC